AUGGUGAACAUUCUUAAGACCCACCGGACGUUGACACAAUACAAGAAGGACAAGGAUUCUCUGUAUGCACAGGGAAAACGGCGUUAUGACAGGAAACAAGUGGCUAUGGUGGGCAGGACUAAGCCUAUUUUCAGGAAAAAAGCUAAAACUACAAAGAAGAUUGUGCUGAGGCUUGAGUGCGUUGAGCCUAGCUGCAGAUCUAAAAGAAUGCUGGCUAUUAAAAGAUGCAAGCAUUUUGAACUGGGAGGAGAUAAGAAGAGAAAGGACCAAUUGAUCCAGUUCUAA